ACGCGUCUCACUCAUUGCGCUCCUCACGACAAACUCUCGUGCUAACGAAAAAAAAACGGUAACAACUCAAGAGAUGAGUCAAUCCAACGACUACUACGGAAACAGUGGUGCUGGAGGUGGCGGAUACAUGACUGGUGGAUCGCCAUACGGAAGCGCGAGCGGUAGCCCUGGAGGAGCUGGUCGAAAAACCGAGAUAGCCCACUCCUUACGACCUCUGACUGUCCUUCAGCUCCUAAAUGCAACACAGGCGCAUUCAGACGCGGAGUGGAUGCUGGAUGAUACGGAACUUGGCCAGGUUACAGUCGUCGCGCACGUUGUAUCAAUACAAAGCCAAGCCACCAACAACUUAUACUGGCUCGACGAUGGCAGCGGUCGCAUUGAAGCCCGACAUUGGAUUGACUCCUCGAUAGAAGAGAGUGGGGCGGGGCCAAGCGCCAUCACUGAGGGAUCAUACGUACGCGUGUCCGGCACGUUGAAAAUGUUUGGCAGCAAGCGAUACGUGAAUGCAACUCAUAUACGGCCAGUCAAGUCGUCCCAUGAGAUAUACUUCCACCUUUUGGAGGCGAUGACGGUCACAUUAACAUGGGCGAAAGGAGCGCCCCCUCGUCCUGGACAGAAUCCGUCAAUUCCACAGGGCCCCGUCGCCGGAGGCUCUGCAUACGCAGCUCAGUCGCAUUCCACCGCUGCGAAUAAUGAUCAAUACUCUCAAUUACCGAAGUUGGAAUAUGCGAUCGUAACAUUCAUGAGGAACCAGCCCAGUAAUGAGGAAGGCGUGCACGUUGGUGCUAUUGCGCGUGCUGUCGGAGGUAAUGCUGUCACAAUCAAUAAUGCUUUAGAUAAACUCAUGGACGACGGCCUCGUCUUUACUACUAUCGACGAUUCGCACUUCAAGCUUGCUGAUUGAUGGACCCAGGAUGGACCUGUAUUUUUGACAAUGAAAGCUGCUUGCGAGCGCUUGAGUCGUGUUGACACUGCCGGAAUUCUUGUUCGAUUCUUGCAUCUUGAUUAAUGUAGUCUUUGGCUCGUUUCUGCAAGAAAAGUAUUAAUAGUUUGCCUCAAAUCGGAAAGAUGAUCAAUAUCGUGGACAUUGUUACACAGGGGUAGAUCUUCAGGCCUAUACAG